AUGGAGAACUCGGGAGAAAAAGCUCAGCCGUCCUGGCGCAAGCAAGUGGACGACAACCUCAAGCGCCUUCACUCCCUCCAAUUCGGCGCCGAUCAGGCACUGGAGAAGGGCGAUUCCUCCACCGCCUACGUGCUCGGUCUCCGCCUCCUCGGCUUCCUCGACUCGCACUCUCUCACUGACGUCGACGAAGCUCUUACUCGCCCCAUCCGCCGCGAAGCCCUCUCCAAGCUCGACGCCGCUCGCCGAGCUUUCGUUCCUGAAUCCGACCGGCGAGCGUUUGAGCGAGCAGAUACAGCUCCUGGAAAAGUAUUUGGCAAGAAGAUUGACAUUGACGUAGAGAAGAUUAAGAAGUCGAAAUACUUCCGAGCUCUUGUUCAGCAACAGAACAUCAAGCAUCCAUCAGAUCUGGGAAACCAGCUGGAUAAGCAGCAAAACCCCAGCUGCAAGCCUGCAAAAGUUUCGGGGCAGGCUAAGUUAACAUCACUGUAUGGAAAUAAUGUCACAAAGGCCUAUGGCCGCUUACAACGAGGUUCUUCUGUUUCCAAAAGUAACUCGAAUGCGGAUUGCAUGAUAGUGAAAAGUACCCAGUAUACUAAUCCUAGAAGUAAUGGUGGUCAGCCAAACAAUGGGAAAGCUAAUGAGGGAGAAAAGGGUUAUGGAAAUUCAACAGGGUCAAAGCGCUCGUUCAUUGAGAUUAAUAGCCCUAGAAAUGACAUUCCAAAGUCGCCAUCAUGUGAUGAGGAGUCAAAUGUGGAUGAUUCUGGCAAGGGAUUUGUAACUGCAAGGGCAAAGCUGGAAAUGGAUGCAAGGCAAAAGCAAGGGUUGAAAGGAUCACCAAGUGCAUCCUUCUCCCCCCAGAGCAAUGUCAUGAACCGAGGUUAUGGUGCACGAUCUUAUGGGUACUCAAACCGUGGAACCCGUGGAAAUUUUGUUCCUCCAAUAAAAUCAAAUGGGGGAUAUCACCCUGGAAAUGCGAUUGGACUUCAAGGAAAGAACGACAACUCAACUAGGAGAUGUAUGGAACUGCUAUGUGGUCCAGAUGGCGAGCUUCCUGAAAAACUGAGAAACUUGGAACCAAGUCUUAUUGAGCAUGUCAGCAAUGAAAUUAUGGAGCGGGAUCCUAAUGUUCGGUGGGAUGAUAUUGCUGGAUUGGAUCAUGCUAAGAAGUGUGUUACUGAAAUGGUGAUUUGGCCACUGCUGCGACCUGACAUAUUUAAAGGCUGUCGUUCUCCAGGAAGAGGUCUUCUUCUAUUCGGUCCACCGGGGACUGGGAAGACAAUGAUUGGGAAAGCCAUAGCUGGGGAGGCAAAAGCUACUUUUUUCUCUAUAUCCGCCAGUUCCUUAACCAGCAAAUGGCUUGGUGAGGGUGAAAAGCUGGUGAGGGCCCUAUUUGGUGUUGCCUUUUGUCGUCAGCCAGCUGUAAUUUUUGUUGAUGAGAUAGAUUCUCUUUUGUCCCAGCGCAAGUCUGAAGGUGAACAUGAAGCUAGUAGACGCCUAAAAACACAGUUUCUUAUCGAGAUGGAAGGCUUUGACAGUGGUAACGAGCAGAUUCUACUAAUAGGGGCAACAAAUCGACCUCAGGAACUCGAUGAAGCAGCAAGGAGGCGACUCACGAAAAGACUCUAUAUCCCCUUGCCUUCAUCAGAAGCAAGAGCCUGGAUAGUACGUAACCUAUUACAGAAAGAUGGAUUGUUCAAGCUGUCACAGGAAGAAAUGGACACCAUCUGCAAUCUCACUGAAGGAUACUCGGGUUCAGACAUGAAAAAUUUAGUGAAAGAUGCAUCAAUGGGGCCCCUUAGGGAAGCUCUUAAACAAGGAAUAGAAAUUACUAAGUUGCAAAAGGAGGACUUGCGGCCCGUUACUCUUCAGGACUUUGAAAAUGCAUUACAAGAAGUAAGGCCCUCUGUUUCACUUAAUGAGUUGGGCGUCUACGAGACAUGGAAUAAACAAUUUGGAAGCUUAGCCCUGUAA